GUAUUUGUUCACACGAUGUCGCUACAGAUCCCCGAGGUCCUGCAGUGGGCACAAGAACAAUCGGAGGAAUUAUCGCCGCACUUAACGAGGUUUACUGAACAUUUUAAUAAAAUGUCAUUUUGGGCGCGAACGAUUAUUCUCAACCAAACAAAACCACAAGAACGAGAAAAACUUUUGAAUAAAUUUAUUCGAAUAAUGAGGCAUCUACGAAAGUUGAACAAUUUUAAUUCUUAUCUUGCUGUUUUAUCCGCGUUGGAUUCGGCGCCCGUUCGUCGUUUGGAAUGGCAGCGACAAACAAGCGAGGGGCUGCAAGAAUAUUGUCGUUUGAUUGACAGCUCGUCCUCGUUCCGAACGUACAGGGAAGCGCUCGCUGAAGCCACUCAACCAUGCAUACCAUAUCUGGGUUUAAUAUUACAAGAUCUGACGUUCAUUCACCUCGGAAACCAAGAUGAACUGGCACCAGGAAUCAUCAACUUUAGAAAAAGAUGGCAACAGUUUAGUAUCUUGGAUACCAUGAGAAGAUUUAAACAAAGUCAAUAUCAGUUUCAACGCGAUGACGAGGUCAUUCGACUAAUCGGUCGUUUCGACGACUACUUGUCCGAGGAAGCGCUUUGGGGGUUAUCGCUGUCUAUCAAACCUCGGCAACAUAGAGCGAGACGACAAAUAACUCCGACUGAAGAUCAGUCACCCACGACGGCAAACGACCAAUCAAGCGAAGACACGGUUGAACGCACUUAAUGUUGUAAAUAUUUUUAUCGUUUCUUCAAUGGCUUGGUGGUGCGCGUAACAUGCAGUGUUUCUAUAUUCUGUAAUAUCACGCGUAUGAGCUGUUAUAUUUAUUACAGAGUAUAUAUAUAUAUGUAUACAACACUUAUUGCUGACACAAUGUUAUUGUAUGGGCCAUGUCUUCAGGAUAUUCAAGUUUAAGUUGUUGAUUUGGUUCAUAAUAUAUUUUCCCAUCAUC